AUGAGCCGUCAAUUCACCUGCAAGUCGGGGACUGCUGCCAAGGGGAGCUUCAGUGGCUGCUCGGCAGUCCUCUCAGGGGGCAGCUCAUCCUCCUACCGGGCAGUGGGCAAAGGGCACAGCGGGGGCUUUGGAAGUCGGAGCCUCUAUAACCUGGGGGGCACCCGGAGCAUCUCCCUCAAUAUGGCCUGUGGCAGUGGACGGGCAGGGGGCUAUGGAUUUGGCCGGGGCCGGGCCAGUGGCUUUGCUGGAAGCAUGUUCGGCAGUGUGGCCCUGGGUCCUGUGUGCCCGACUGUGUGCCCACCGGGGGGCAUCCACCAGGUCACCGUCAAUGAGAGCCUCCUGGCUCCCCUCAACGUGGAGCUGGAUCCUGAGAUCCAGAAAGUACGAGCCCAGGAGCGGGAGCAGAUCAAGGCUCUGAACAACAAGUUUGCCACCUUCAUCGACAAGGUGCGGUUCCUGGAGCAGCAGAAUCAGGUGCUGGAGACCAAGUGGGAGCUGCUGCAGCAGCUGGACCUGAACAACUGCAAGAACAACCUGGAGCCCAUCCUUGAGGUCUACAUCAGCAACCUGCGGAAGCAGCUGGAAACGCUGUCCGGGGACAGGGUGAGGUUAGACUCGGAGCUGAGGAGCGUGCGGGACGUGGUGGAGGACUACAAGAAGCGGUAUGAGGAAGAAAUCAACAGGCGGACAGCAGCAGAGAACGAGUUUGUGCUGCUCAAGAAGGACGUGGAUGUGGCUUAUGCCAAUAAGGUGGAGCUGCAGACCAAAGUGGACUCCAUGGACCAGGACAUCAAGUUCUUCAAGUGUCUCUUUGAAGCUGAGAUUGCUCAGAUCCAGUCCCACAUCAGUGACAUGUCUGUCAUCCUGUCCAUGGACAACAACCGGGAGCUGAACCUGGACAGCAUCAUUGAUGAGGUCCGCACCCAGUAUGAGGAGAUUGCCCUGAAGAGCAAGGCCGAGGCCGAGGCACUGUACCAGACCAAGUUCCAGGAGCUGCAGCUGGCAGCUGGCCGGCAUGGGGAUGACCUCAAAAACACCAAGAAUGAGAUCUCGGAGCUCACCAGGCUCAUCCAGAGGAUCCGCUCAGAGAUUGAGAAUGUGAAGAAGCAGGCUUCCAACCUGGAGAUGGCCAUUGCUGAUGCUGAGCAGCGGGGAGAUAAUGCCCUGAAGGAUGCCCGGGCCAAGCUGGAUGAGCUGGAGGCUGCCCUGCACCAGGCCAAGGAGGAGCUGGCCCGGAUGCUGCGCGAGUACCAGGAGCUCAUGAGUCUGAAGCUGGCCCUGGACAUGGAGAUCGCCACCUACCGCAAGCUUCUGGAGGGCGAGGAGUGCCGGAUGUCAGGAGAAUUUCCCUCCCCUGUUAGCAUCUCCAUUAUCAGCACCACCAGCGGCGGCAGCUAUGGCUUCCGGCCCAGCUCGGCUGGACUGGGAUGGAGGGACGGCGGCAGCUAUGGCUUCCGGCCCAGCUCGGUCAGUGGCGGCUACGUAGCCAACAGUGGCAGCUGCAUCUCUGGGGUUUGCAGUGUCCGUGGUGGGGAGGCCCGGAGCAGAAGCAGCACCAGCGACUACAAGGAUACGCUGGGGAAGGGCUCCAGCCUGCAUGCCCCCUCCAAGAAAGCCAGUAGGUAGAGAGGGCUGCCCCAUGCCCUGGCACCACCCUAUGUGCCCCCUCUGGCUCUCACAUGCACCCUCCCUAGCCCACUGUCAACCCCUCUCCACCCUGCUGGCCCUGCUCUCAUACCUCUGGACUGGCCUUGGCCACCCCACCUUUCCUAGCCUGUCUUCCUGAGCCUGGACAGGUGUGGACUCCUACACGUGGUGAAAUUCCUCCCUGCACACACCUGUCAUUCACUUCAUUGGCUGCAGCCCCUGGCUCCUGGCCUUCCCUCGCAGUACAGCCUUUGGCUCAGCACUAACUACUCUGUCUGGCUCCCUGGGUUUCAGACAGAGGCCUGCUCCACACUGGGGCCUUUGCCUAGCUCCUACCUAUGCUGGGAGCUGGCUCUGUGGUCAAGAAAAGGAGGACUGAAGGACAAACAGCCAAGAGAAGCCAGUCCCUGCCCCAGCCUGGCUAGGCUCACAGCUCAUUCUGGGUGGGACCAAGUACAACUCAGGAUCUCUUGCUUUGCUCUCCUGCAUCCAGAGCAGAGAAGAAGAGGCUCGUUCAUGGCUCCUUUCUUCUUAAAGCCCCUGCCACUGCAUCCUCA